GACACCGCUGCCAUCAGCCUAUUUAUUUUUCUGCUAACUUCGACGUCCACUUUCAAGUCGACAAGCUUCACGAGGUAACAAAAAUAGACUGAAUCCAGCCUUUUGAACCAGCAACAAAGAUGCCCAACAUCAAACUGCAGAGUUCGGACGGCGACGUCUUCGAGGUUGACGUCGAGAUCGCCAAGUGUUCCGUCACCAUCAAGACCAUGCUCGAGGACCUUGGCAUGGAUGAGGAUGACGAAGAAGUGGUUCCUCUGCCCAACGUGAACUCCCCAAUCCUCAAGAAGGUCAUCCAGUGGGCCACCUUCCACAAAGACGACCCUCCCCCACCUGAAGACGAUGAGAACAAGGAGAAGCGCACCGACGACAUCAGCAGCUGGGACGCCGACUUCCUCAAGGUCGACCAGGGAACCCUCUUUGAACUGAUCUUGGCUGCUAACUAUUUGGACAUCAAAGGCCUGCUGGACGUGACAUGCAAAACCGUGGCCAACAUGAUUAAGGGCAAGACUCCUGAGGAGAUCCGCAAGACCUUCAACAUUAAGAACGACUUCACUGCCAGUGAGGAGGAGCAAGUGCGCAAGGAGAAUGAGUGGUGCGAGGAUAAAUGAGUCGGCUCUCAUAGUCUGUGUAUAAAUUAAAGUAAUCCUCUUCGGCUAUUGAUUUUCCGACUUUCAUGCUCAUUUGUUUAACUUAUGCUAAGGAAUGAGUUUUGCCUCUCCGUCUGCACAGACAGCAUUGGCCCUGUUUAAUCAGCAGCCCGAUUGGCUCUUCGCUUUUAGAGAUCUCCGUUAAACAACUUGUAACCUUAAAAGCUGAAUUACGCAGGGCCACAUAAUUAAACCUUUUCUGAUAAAACAACAAACAUGUAAUUCCACGCAGUUAUUCUUAUGUCUCUUGAAAUUUUUGUGAUUAAUAGAAUUUGAGGUAAUUGGACGACACACUAAUGCAAUGCACAUCUCACCGAGUCUUGUAUAAAUAAAUACUAGCUUCUUUUGUUUCACUGCAUUGUCUUGGGUAAUGAUUUGUAAUAAAAAUUCCAUGAUUGUUUUAAAACUGCAA